GUGGCCGUUUCAACAGCAUAAUCGAUAGGUUCGAAAUGUAAUCAAACAUCGAAACAGAAACGCACAAAUUGUAUUAAGUAUGGCAAAAAAUGUAAAGAAACUAACGUUGGUCAACAAAUUGGCAAAACGGGGAGAUCUUAUAAAGCCCACGGAAAUGAUAAUGCGUCAAAAUCGUGCAGAUAACGUGAGGGAUAUCGAGGAUCUAGUUUGUUUAUCUUCGGGCGCAGCAGGAUCAGUUACCUCAAAGUACUUCUCCCCCGUCCAAACCCGCAAGCAGCGCCUCUUAAAUGGGGAAUCCCUGAAGAAAACGUCCCUGAAAAUGGAACCCUUAUCUCCAGCUCGGGUUGCGCCCAAAAAGAAUAGAAAGGCUGAUCAAAUGGCAACCAGGGUUCAAAUGGGAUCGGCUACUAUAGUUAAGUGCAAAGUGUUUCCUGAUGUUGUGGACUCUCCAGUGGUAGCGGAUAAGAUAAAACUGGAAGUGGAUGCCCAAAUAAAGCAGGAGAAGAAUACGGAGGAAACUAAAGAGGACGCACAUUCCUAUUCUGAGGUGCAAGCACCACAUCCUUUGUGGCUUGGCCACUUAGAAAACAUUCGGGUUAUGAGAAGCUCCAGAAGUGCUCCAGUGGACACCAUGGGAUGCCAUCGAUGCGCCGAUUUGAAAGCAGAUUCGAAGACACAGCGCUUCCAAAACCUAGUUGCAUUGAUGCUUUCCAGUCAAACUAAGGACCAAACUACUUACGAAGCCAUGAAUCGCCUUAAAGACCGAAGUCCAACUCCACUGCAAGUUAAGGAAAUGCCAGUGACAGAACUCGAGAACUUAUUGCAUCCGGUAUCCUUCUACAAGAACAAGGCCAAAUACCUGAAGCAAACCGUGGAGAUACUGAUAGACAAGUACGAUUCGGACAUUCCAGACAAUGUCAAGGACCUUAUAGCUCUUCCAGGAGUUGGCCCCAAGAUGGCUCAUAUAUGCAUGGCAGUGGCCUGGAAUAAGAUCACCGGAAUCGGAGUGGAUGUCCAUGUCCACCGCCUCUGCAACCGGCUGGGCUGGGUGCCGAAGCCCACUAAGGAACCGGAGCAAACCCGCGUGGCGUUGGAGAAGUGGCUGCCAUUUAGUCUCUGGUCAGAGGUGAAUCACUUAUUCGUGGGAUUCGGACAAACCAUUUGCACCCCGGUGAAGCCAAAUUGUGGGGAAUGCUUAAACAAGGACAUUUGUCCUUCAGCCCAUGUUUAAAUUCA